AUGGACCUUAGAAUUAUCCUUGCAUCUUGCCUUGUGGCGUUAGCAUGCAGCAAAUCAAUCGGUAAGACAUCCAUCUUAAGUCACGUGACUAAUGACGUUAAAGUGUACAACAUGAAGGCAGUAUUCAUGCAUGUAACCUUGAAGCAAAUGUAAAAGUAAAGAAAAUCUUUACCUGAAUAAGCCUGUCUGUCUGAUCGGGCGUUAUGUCAGUAGAAGGUAAACAUGUCAGGUAAUUAAAUAUAACGGUUUUGUGCCUAUCGAAAAUAAUUAAGGUCAAAGUAAGAUAACACUUAACAAGACUUUGGUUAUUCCGGAUAUCACAAAAACCGAAUCCAAUAAUUGUUUUACGAUACGGUGUUUUUAAGAUAACAACGACAAAUACACUGCCCCGUGGAACACUGUUUCACAUUGCUUUUGCAUGAAUGCAUUGCUCGCACAAGCUACAGAUUAGUCAGCUAUCUGAAAGCAAAUAACUAAGGAUGCACUGAUUUCCAACAUUAACUUUAGGCUCUGAAACAAUGAGAGGACAGACAGUGAGCGCAAUGUAUAAUAAUGUUAUUUAUUGCUUUUUUUAUUUUUUCAUUUAAAGAGGAGAAGGAGAAGCGCGAGGCAAGCCCUUGUGGCUAUGGAUGCCCGGCAGUCUGUGCUCCAGCUUGUGAACCGACAUGUUGCGCACCACCACCACCCCCACCCCCACCACCAUGCCCCGUCCCAGUACCAGUGCCAUGCCCACAGCCAGGACCCCCAGGACAACCAGGAUGCAUGGGACCACCAGGAUUACCCGGAUGUCGAGGAUUCCCCGGUGCCCCCGGAUGUAUGGGACCCAUGGGACCUAUGGGACCACCCGGCGCACCAGGAUGCCCCGGUCUUCCAGCACCUCCACCUCCACCCUGCCCACCCAUCUGUAUUCACCACUGUAUGAAAAUCUGUCCUCAGCCAUGCUGUGCUCCUCCUCCCCCAGUAUACAUCCCACCUCCUCCCCCUCCCCCUAUGCCAGUUUGUGCUCCAUCAUGUGCUCCAGCCUGUUGUAAAUAG